GCGGCGGCGGCCACGUUAGCGCAGAGGGUGAGUGGGUUCCCUUGGUGCAGCGGUAGCAUAGAUGGAUCCGGCUCCCGAGCGUGGGCACUGCACGGUUGUCACCCCAACUGCCUGCCAGCUGGUGGCUGCGUUCUGUUAGGCUGUCUAGGUCGGAGGCGCGAGGGGGACAGACCUUGACCCUGGCACGUUUCUUGCUCCAACUAAGGAUUUUUGAGCGGCCGCAGGGCCCUGUGGGUGAGAGGAUGUGGAAGCAGGGCUGGUUCUGGACGAUUCGGGAACCCUUUCACGCCUCACCCAGGCACGUGCGAACCCCAAGCUUGAAGGUGGACUAGUAGGAAUUAUGAGAACCUCCCUUAGCCAGGCCGGAACAGCGCAGCCGAGAAGGGGGCGUGCCCUGCUGGUCUCCAGGAUCGUGCUUUCAGUCUUCAGCCAUGCUUGCCUGCCACCCCGGUCUGCCUCGCUAAAAGUGGAGCUGCCUGGGGACUGUUACGUGUUAAUGAGACACCCGACCUCUGCUAGUAGGGACAGUGAUUCUUAGACUGGUGUCUUGCUUUGUAACUCAGGCUGGUCUCAACCUCCUGAUCUUCCUGCCUGACACUCCUGAGUGCUGAGAUUACAGGAAGUGAGAUGGCAGCUGGGCCAAAUGGACAUGAAGAAUGGGUGGGCAGUGCGUACCUGUUUUUGGAGUCCUUGAUGGAUAAGAUGGUCCUGGCUGAAGCGUAUACAGAUCCUCAGAAGAAGGUGGCAAUAUACAAGGCUCUGCAGACCGCAUUGUCAGGUGUAUGGCUGGGCAAGUAUGGGAGAAGAGAGAGCGCGGACAGCCCAAACGAACUACAGAUUCUCAAGAUCCACUGCAGCGACCCUCAGCUGAUCGUGCAAUUGCGUUUCUGCGGGCGCCAGUUGUGCGGCCGCUUCCUCCGCGCCUACCGCGAGGGGGCGCUGCGCACCGCGCUGCAGAAGUACAUGGCAGCCGCGCUCCUCAAGCCCUUCGUGCAGCUGCAACUGGAACUGCGAGCUGGUGCCGAGCAGCUGGACGCUUGCCUCACCGAUGAGGAGCGCUGUUUGAAUUGCAUCUUAGCUCAGAAGCCGGACCGGCUCCGGGAUGAGGAACUCUUGAAGCUAGAGGAUGCGCUCCGCAAUCUGACGUGCGACUCCACUGACCAGGGCGGAGCGGGAGAGGUUGCUCCAAUCCCCUCGCAAUCCCUAGUUCCCUCUGGGUCAGAGAAGCCGCCGACCCUGCCCGGCCAUACUUUUCUGUUCCAUGGUCAGCUCGUAGUGAAUCGACCGCUGAGUCUGCAGGACCAGCAGACAUUCGCGCGCUCAGUGGGCCUCAAGUGGCGCAGGGUGGGGCGCUCACUGCAGCGCAGCUGUCGGGCAUUGAAGGAUCCAGCACUCGACUCGCUGGCCUAUGAGUACGAGCGUGAGGGGCUGUAUGAGCAGGCCUUCCAGCUGCUGCGGCGCUUUGUGCAGGCGGAGGGCCGCCGCGCCACACUGCAGCGCCUGGUGGAGGCGUUGGAGGAGAACGAACUCACCAGUCUAGCAGAGGACCUACUGGGCCUGGCGGAGCCCGAAGGCAGCCUGGUCUGAGUUUGGUACCGAGGAACGGAUCAUCAAUCAGGAGUUCAGCCGGGAUUUGGACCACCUGGAUGGCUUUAGGACGCUUUCUACUGCUGCUGCUGCUGCUGCUGCCCCCCUUCCAUCUACUGGAGUCGGAGAGGAUACAUACUUCCCCACUUGGCUGAGCUGCUGGAGCUGAACUGAUGGGCCUUCACAGCAGCCAAGCACCCACCGAGCCUCUUGGGGUACAUCACUGAGAAUUCUGCCCCAGAUUGUUUGAUGGAGGCACAGUGUGAAUGUCCUCCUUACCCUUUCCUACUCUACAAGAGGGCUUCCGGCGAGGACUCCUUAAGCACCUGCACCUUCUGAGUCUUGGGUGUCACCCCAGGUGCUGCAAAUACUGUUGUGAGCAAGAUACACGAUUCCUCCCUGAUCUUGGUUCAUACUCAAUGUGGGACCUAAGCAUUCUGCAGCAGUAAUAAAAUGUAACUUGUUUACAAA